AUGGGAAGAUGGGUGAACCAAUCAUACACAGAUGGCUUCAUCCUCUUGGGCAUCUUUUCCCAUAGCCAGACUGACCUUGUCCUCUUCUCUGUGGUUAUGGUGGUCUUCACAGUGGCCCUCGGUGGGAACAUCCUCCUCAUCUUCCUCAUCUACAUGGACCCUCAACUUCACACCCCCAUGUACUUCUUCCUUAGCCAGCUCUCCCUCAUGGACCUCAUGUUGGUCUGUAACAUUGUGCCAAAGAUGGCAGCCAACUUCCUGUCUGGCAGGAAGUCCAUCUCCUUUGUGGGCUGUGGCAUACAAAUUGGCUUUUUUGUCUCUCUUGUGGGAUCUGAGGGGCUCUUGCUGGGACUCAUGGCUUAUGACCGCUACGUAGCCAUUAGCCACCCACUUCACUAUCCCAUCCUCAUGAAUCAGAAGGUCUGUCUCCAGAUUAUUGGGAGCUCCUGGGCCUUUGGGAUAAUCGAUGGAGUGAUUCAGAUGGUGGCAGCCAUAAGCUUACCAUACUGUGGCUCGAGGAAUGUGGAUCACUUCUUCUGUGAGGUGCAAGCUUUACUGAAGCUGGCCUGUGUAGACACUUCCCUUUUUGACACCCUCCUCUUUGCUUGCUGUGUCUUCAUGCUUCUCCUUCCCUUCUCCAUCAUCGUGGCCUCCUAUGCUUGCAUUCUAGGGGCUGUGCUGCGAAUGCGCUCUGCUCAGACCUGGAAAAAGGCUCUGGCCACCUGUUCCUCCCACCUGACAGCUGUCACUGUCUUCUAUGGCGCAGCCAUGUUCAUGUACCUGAGGCCUAGGCGCUACCGGCCCCCCAGCCAUGACAAGGUGGCCUCUAUCUUCUACACGGUCCUUACUCCCAUGCUCAACCCCCUCAUUUACAGCUUGAGGAACCAGGAGGUGAUGGGGGCACUGAGGAAGGUGCUGAACCACUGCAGGAUUGGCAGCCAGCCCUGA